GCCGCUGGCGCCGCUCCUCCUCCGUGUCAGUUGUUGGGUUGUAAUGGCGACUGGGCCGCCGCUGCCGAAGUGACUCCCGGGCGGGGGAGCCGGGCCAGACCUGCGCCAAAAGGAACUGCAGAGGGCCGCAGCUCAGGGGGUGGCUUGCUGUGGGGGAGGGGAGGCAGCCUUUCGCCUCUCCUUCCUUCUCGGCAGACCGGCGGAUCCCGGGAGCCGGUGCGAGGCGGGCACCCGUUGCGUCCCCAGAGCGGGGAGGCCAGGCCGGGCAGCCCUGGGGCCGGUCGGGGCGGCGUCACUGCACCCUCCGCCAGGCCCCGCGGGAUGCACCGUGGGGGCCGAGGGCGGAGGCGACACUCUCAGCAUUGGGAGUUUUAAAUCUUAAAGGCUAGCUAGUCCAAUCCCCACGUUUUAUAUGUAAGUAAACAGAGUUCAUAUGGAGGAAAUAUCUCACCCAUAGUUGACUUCAUAACUGGAUGAAGACUGCCCUGUACAGCUGUGAAGUCUACAUUUGUUUAAUAUGAAGAUAAUUAUCAAAUCAGAGGAUAAUUGUGAACAACCAGCAUCUCUUCUAUUGAAUGCUGAUGAUGUGAUUGCAGGUAAAUUGGCAGGAUGAGGAGCAGCAAAUCAAAAGAGGUGCCUUUACCAAAUCCAAGGAACUCUCAAAGCACGGAUACUGUUCAAGCAGAUAUAACCACACCAUGGGAUGCACUUUCUCAGACCAAGGCUGCUCUGAGACACAUUGAAAACAAAUUGGAAGUAGCCCCUACGAGUACAGCUGUGCUUGAUUCUGUCAUGGAUACCAAGAAAUCUUCUGCAAGUGCUACCAGAAAAAUAAGUAGAAAAGAUGGUAGAUACCUGGAUGAUUCUUGGGUUAAUGCUCCAACCUCCAAAUCUUCUAAAUCACGAAAAGAGAAAUCUCGUAGUCCUCUCAGAGCUACCACCCUGGAGAGUAACGUAAAGAAAAUUAAUCGUGUGGAAUUUCGUGAACCUUUGGUUUCUUACAGGGAAGUCCGUGGUACACCUUCUAACAUAAGUCCCAGCCAUUUAGAGUCAAAGCAUAUAUAUUGUGUGGAUGUUAAUGAAGAGAAGCCUGAGAGUGGGAACCGGAUGAUAUGCAAUCAGGAAGAUCGGAAUAUACAUUGCUGUGAUUUUGAGAGCUCCCAAUCAUCUGUCGUCAAUGAUACAGUUGUUAGAUUUUUAAAUGAUCGACCAACAAUUGAUGCAUUGCAAAAUUCUGAAUGUUUGAUUAAGAUGGCAGCUCCUAUGAGAAGUGAUGAAGAAAAGCCUAAUAGAGCGAAAGGAAAUGAGAACACUUUGAAGGCUUCUGUGUGUAACAUGGGCCGUGAUGUUGAUUCAAAAGUGUUACGGUUAACUGAUUCUUCUCCAUCUUCUACUAGUACCUGUAAUUCCCAAAGAUUAGAUAUCCUAAAGCGGCGGCAACAUGAUGUUAAAUUGGAAAAACUCAAGGAGCGGAUUAGGAAACAGUGGGAACACUCAGAAGAAACAAAUGACCAGGGCCAGAAUCUGGGUCAUAUUGACCAUCCAGUAAUGGUUGUUAAUGUUGAUAGCUCAGUGACAGCAAAGGUCAGGAAAGUGGCAACAGCACCACCUGCUCCAACAUAUAAAGGCUUCAAUCCUUCAGAGACCAAGAUUCGAACACCUGAUGGGAAAGUGUGGCAGGAGGCUGAGUUUCAGAACAUGAGUAGAGAACUGUAUCGUGACUUAGCACUUCACUUUGCAGAUGAUAGCUCUAUGAAAGAAAAACCUGCUGAAAAAAGUAAGGAGAAGAAAGUGGUCAAGCCAGUACGAAAAGUCCAAAAGGUAGCACAGUUAUCGAGUCCAGAAUGCAAAACAGGUAGCAGUCAUCUGAUAAGUACAACUUCUUGGCGAGAUGGACAAAAAUUAGUAAAGAAAAUUCUGGGACCUGCACCUAGAAUAGAGCAAAAAGAGCGAAGAAUAGCAUCAAGUGAUAGAAGUGGAAGAGAAAGAACUACUAAAUCUGGGGGUCAUAUUGGAAGAGCAGAAUCGGAUCCCAGAUUGGAUGUUUCACAUAGACAUCUUCCACGAAACUCAGAACGUUCAAGAAGUAGAGCUCGGUCAGAAAAUAAUGUAAAGAAAUUAGUUCCAUCUCUACCAGAUAAUAAACAGGAGGAAAAUGCUGCCUUAAAUAAGGACUUUUUACCUGUUGAAAUUCGUGGAAUUCUUGAUGACCUACAGCUGGAUUCAGCAGCUCAGGCUGCAAGGCAAGAGACAGGAGAGUUACAGAAUCAGAAGCCAUCAACAUCAAUACAAGCUCCUAGGAGUCAUAGCCCAAUAAAAAGAAAACCUGACAAAAUAACAGCUAAUGAAGAUCCCCCUGUUAUUUCCAAAAAGCGACACUAUGAUACAGAUGAGGUACGACAGUACAUUGUUAGACAGCAGGAGGAAAGGAAGAGAAAGCAAAAUGAGGAGAAGAAGGCUCAAAAGGAGGCCACGGAACAGAAGAACAAACGAUUACAGGAGCUCUACCGGAAACAAAAAGAAGCCUUUACUAAAGUGAAAAAUGUGCCUCCUUCUGAGCCAUCAGCAAAUAGGCGACUGCAAGAAACUUACUCCAAAUUGCUUCUAGAAAAGUCAUUGCUUGAAGAGCCAACUCAUCAACAUAUGCAGGAAACACAGACCAGACCAGGGUAUCAGCCAUCUGGAGAAUCUGACAAAGAGAACAAAGUGCAGGAACGUCCCCCAAGUGCAUCUUCCAGUAGUGACAUGUCUCUGUCAGAACCUCCACAGCCUCUUGCAAGAAGGGAUUUGAUGGAUCCUACAUGGAUGCAGCCUGACAGACUGAGUCCACGAGUCCACCAUUCUCAACCACAGCCUCUUGUUGGAACAGCUAGAAAUUUACUUUCUCAUCUCUUGACUCUAGAGCAUGUAGGAAUUUUGCAUAAGGAUUUUGAAUCCAUUUUACCAACUAGGAAGAAUCAUAAUAUGGCUUCAGGGCCAUUAACUUUUACACCUCAACCAUAUCUGACCUCACCAGCUGCUCAUCCAGAUGCCUUGUUAAAACCUAGUGCUAACCAAUAUAAGAGUAAACUGGAUCGUAUUGAAGCCUUGAAAGCAACAGCUGCUUCUUUGUCCAGCAGGAUUGAAAGUGAAGCUAAGAAAUUAGCUGGGGCUAACAUUAACUAUGGGUCAGUAUGGAACACUGAGUAUGAUGUGCAGCGAACACCCCAAGAAGAUGGACAUUGGACCAAGGCUGUAAGUCCACCUGUGAAAGAGGAUGCAGAAGAUGUUUUCUCUGCUCGAAUUCAAAAGAUGCUGGGAACCUGUGUAUCUCAUACAACUUUUGAUGAUGAUCUUCCUGGUAUAGGCAACCUUAGUGAAUUUAAAAAGCUUCCUGAGAUGAUAAGACCUCAUAGUGCCAUAUCAAGCUUCAGAGUGAGAUCCCCUGGUCACAAACCAGAAGGGCUGCUGGCACAGUUGUGUAAGAGGCAGACUGACUCUUCUAGCUCUGAUAUGCAAGCUUGUUCUCAAGACAAAGCCAAAAUGUCUCUUGGUUCCAGCACAGAUUCAGUGAGUGAAGGGCCUCUUCUUAGUGAGGGUAGUCUCUCUGAAGAAGAGGGAGGUCAAGAUGGACGGUCCCCUUUGAAGUUAGCAGAAAUCUUAAAAGAAAAGGAAUUUUGUGCUGGAGAAAGAAAUGCUUAUGAACCCAUCAAAGAGUUUCAGAAAGAAGCUGAAAAAUUUUUGCCACUCUUUGGGCCCAUAGGUGGUACACAAAGCAAAGGACCAUGGGAAGAAUUGGCAAAGGGAAGUCCACAUAGUGUCAUUAAUAUUUUUACAAAAUCAUAUAAAUUAUAUGGAAAAGGAUUUGAAGACAGGUUGGAAAGAGGAACAUCAGCAUCACGGCCUUUGAAUGCCAUCACAACUCCUCUAAGCAGCAUUUCAUAUGAAGAUGAUUUUGUCUCCUCUGCAGGGAGUGGGACUUUGACAGAAAAAAAGUCAGCUCUUGAACCCAAUAUUGGUAGUAACAGUUUAGGCAUUCAGGAGGAUCAUUCUAGCAGAAAGUCUGCCUAUGAUCUUUCCUCUGUGGAUGUUACCUCCCAGCACUCAUCAGGGGCCCAGUCUGCUGCGUCGUCCCGUUCAUCUUCUUCUUCUAAAGGAAAGAAAGGAAAAAAGGAAAAGAUAGAGUGGCUAGAUUCACUCACUGGAAAUAUUCAGAACUCACUUCUUGAUGAAGAAAAAGUACACUCUAGUUCAGAACGUGGCUCUCAUCAAGGAAAGAAAUCUGGGACCAGUAGCAAACUUUCUGUUAAAGAUUAUGAGCAGACUCUUGACACUGAUAGCACUUUGGAGGAUCUUUCUGGGCAUUCUUUGAGUGUCUCAUCAGACAAGGGAAGAUCACAGAAAACUCCAACUUCUCCCCUAUCUCCAAGUUCCCAGAAAUUGUUGCAGUUUGACCUUCCAGGAACUUCAUUAGAAAGAUCUAAAUCCUCAAUAGUAGUGACUCCAACUAUAACAGGAUUUAAGCCUAAUGCAACUUUUGCUGAUACGAACCUGGCUGCCAGCAGAACGACGACAGAGAUGGCUUCAACACCAGGUUCUAAGCGCUUUUCUCCUACUGGCCUCCAGCAUCGUAUGGCCGCAGAACUCAGUUACUUGAGUGCCAUUGAGGAGUCAGUGCGCCAACUAUCAGAUGUAGAAAGAGUUAGAGGCAUUUCACUUGCUCAGCAGGAGAGUGUGUCUCUGGCUCAGAUCAUAAAGGCACAGCAGCAACGCCAUGAAAGAGACUUGGCCCUUUUGAAACUGAAGGCUGAACAAGAGGCUCUGGAGUGUCAGAGACAAUUAGAAGAAACCCGAAGCAAAGCAGCUCAGGUCCAUGCGGAAUCAUUGCAGCAGGUGGUUAAAUCACAACGGGAUGUAACUGAAGUCCUGCAGGAAGCAACUUGUAAAAUAGCUGCUCAGCAAACAGAGACUGCUCGCCUGACCACAGAUGCAGCACGCCAAAUCUGUGAGAUGGCAGAGUUGACUCGAACUCAUAUCUCAGAUGCCAUCACUGCUUCAGGAACUCCCCUAGCAACGCUAUAUGGCCACCAGCGGCAGUAUGCUCCAGACUUCGUGAAACAACUAAGGACAAGAGCUGAAACAGAUAGGAAAAGUCAAUCUGGUCCACUCUCUCAGAGUAAAGAAGGGACCCUUGACUCCAAGCAUCAGAAGUUUUCCCCUUCAUACGAUAGUUAUUCUGAGUCUUCAAGAUACAAGAAUCGCGAUAGAAGGAGUAGUAGUGGUAGCAGCCGUCAAGAAAGUCCUUCAGUUCCAUCUUGUAAGGAAAAUGAGAAGAAACUUCAUGGUGAAAAGAUGGAGAGUUCUAUUGAUGAACAGGUCCAGACUGCUGUGGAUGAUUCUCUACGAAGUGAUAGUGUACCAUCUCUUCCCGAUGAGAAAGAUUCAACUUCUGUUGCAACAGAGUAUUCCCUGAAAUUUGAUGAAUCCAUGACAGAAGAUGAAAUAGAAGAAAGAUCAUUUCGAUCUUUACUACCUUCUGAGAGUCAUCGCAGAUUUAACAUGGAAAAGAAAAGAGGCCAUCAUGAUGACUCUGAUGAAGAAACUUCCCCAGAAAAGACUACACUGUCCUCUGCCAAGGAGCUGAGCAUGCCAUUCUCAGGAGGACAAGACAGCUUUUCUAAAUUUACUAUGGAGAUGGUUAGACAGUAUAUGAAAGAAGAGGAAAUGAGAGCAGCUCACCAGUCUUCACUCCUGCGUCUCCGUGAAAAGGCCUUGAAGGAGAAAACUAAAGCUGAAUUAGCCUGGCUAGAGCAUCAGAAAAAACAUCUACGAGAUAAAGGAGAAGAUGAUAAAAUGCCCCCACUCCGAAAGAAACAACGUGGUUUGCUCUUAAGGUUGCAGCAAGAAAAGGCAGAAAUUAAACGUCUUCAGGAAGCCAACAAGGCAGCUCGGAAGGAAAGACAACUGAUUCUUAAACAGCAGGAGGAGAUAGAAAGGAUCCGACAGACCACCAUGAAACUGCAGGAGAAGUUGAAGUCUGCAGGGGAGAAUAAAUUGGACUCUCAUAGUGAUGAUGAUACAAAGGAUAAUAAGGCAACCAGUCCUGCUCCAACUGACUUGGAGACCCGCAGUCCUUCCCCCAUUUCAAUCUCCAGCAGUGAAACUAGCAGCAUUAUGCAGAAACUGAAGAAAAUGAGAAGCCGCAUGGAUGAAAAACACUGCUCUCCUGUUCACUACUUCUUCUCUGUCUUUACGUCUCAUCACUGGGCCUCUCUCAGUGUCUGUUUUCCCAACCUUCAUCCCAAAUUCCAGCUGUAUAUCUACAACCAGUUGGUCAGGUUUCUGACAAAGCGAGAGCAAAAACUAAUGCAACGGCGCCAACAUGCGGAGGAGCUACUAGAGUGGAAGAGACGUUUAGAUGCAGAGGAAGCAGAAAUUCGUCAAAUGGAAAAACAAGCUUUGGCUGCCUGGGACAAAGAAUUGAUUAAACCUAAAACUCCUAAGAAAGAACUGGAGGACCAGAGAGCAGAACAGAAAGAAAUAGUGAGUGAAACAGAAUCUCCAGUACCUUCCUACUCUCAUCUACACAGUGAAAGCUCUAUUCCAGAAGAAUUGGGCAGCCCUGCUGUUGAAUAUAUACCAUCUGAAUCUAUAGUUCAGGAGCAGCCUGGGAGUCCAGAUCACAGUAUACUUACUGAGGAAAUGGUUUUUUCACAAGAACUGGAAUCUUCUACCUCGCCUAGUAAACAUUCACCUCCUAAAAGCUGCACAUCUGCGUCAAAGCAGGAGUCUAGCAAAGGAAGUCAUAGAACUGGAGGACAGUGUCGUCUACCUGUCAAGUCCCAUCAACACUGUUAUAGUUGGUCAGAUGAGUCAUUAUCUAUGACACAGUCAGAAACUACAUCUGACCAGAGUGACAUUGAAGGUAGGAUCAGAGCCCUGAAGGAUGAGCUGCGGAAAAGAAAAUCAGUUGUGGACCAACUGAAGAAGGAACAGAAAAAAAGGCAAAAGGAAAGACUGAAAGCCCAAGAAGCCAGUCUAAUCAAACAGUUGGAGUCAUAUGAUGAAUUCAUUAAGAAAACUGAAGCCGAGCUUAGCCGAGAUUUGGAAACAUCACCAACAGCCAAGCCUCAGAUUAAAACGCUCUCCUCAGCUUCUGAAAAACCCAAGAUCAAGCCCCUUCCACUACACAGAUCUGAAACAGCAAAGAAUUGGAAAUCACUGACAGAGUCAGAACGUUGCAGAGGAUCCCUGGAGUCUAUUGCUGAACAUGUUGACACUGCAUUGGCAGGUUCUGAGAGAUCAGUGUCAGAAAGGUCUUUAUCUGCAUAUGCAAAGAGAAUGAUUGAAUUGGACAGUCAAACAGAAGAGCACUUUCAGACUUCUUCUCCAAUUCUCAGAUCAUCAAGGAGAACCAGAGCAGAAUCUGGAGAUUCUCUAGAAAAUGUCCCUUCAUUACCUCUUCUCAAAGAAUUAACUGCCUCUAAUAGAAUUCUUGAUGUGUCAGAUGCCAAGGUUGAAGAAGAAUCUAGUCAAAAAUCAGAAAUACACGAAGUAGAAUAUGCAAAAUUGGAGGAGAGUGCAAUUGAAGAUGCCUAUUCUAAACAGUCUAGGAAGCCUGAUGUCUUCCUGAAACUAAACCUGGAACAGGGAGAUUCAUCUGAAAUUCUUUCAAGGAAAGAUCUUUCUUUAGAUUCUAUAAAAGUUCAGAAAGACUUAGUUAGAUUAGCCAUUGAAAAUCUUCAUAAAAAAGAGACAAAAGAGAGACAGUCAGAUCAAGAUAUGGGUCAUAGUGCAAACAUCCAAUCAGAAAAAGACACUCAUGUACAAAAGAAUAUAAAGGGCAGAGACUCAUCUUGGUCAGAACAUCUUUUUGCACCUAAAGAGAUAUCAUACUCUGAAGAUUUUGAAGUAUCUUCAUUCAAGAAAGACAUUUCAGCUGAAUUGUACAAAGAUGACUUUGAGGUGACAUCUUUGUUGUCACUCAGGAAAGACUCUCAGUCUUGCAGAGAAAAGUCACAGGCAACAAGGAUCUCUAGAAGUAGAGCCACUAGCUUUGGUAGUGAUGAUGAAAUCAGUGAGUGCCUCAGUGAGAAAAGCCUUUCUAUUCAUAGCAAUGUCCAUUCUGAAAGGCUGUUAGAACUCAAGUCCCCCACUGAGCUUAUGAAAAGUAAGGAGCGCAGUGAUGUAGAGCAUGAACAGAGACUUACUGAAUCCCCUUCCUUAGCUUCAGCUUCUCUUGCAGAUGAGUUACUUGAUUUCCACAUCGGUGAUAGGGUGUUGAUUGGCAAUGUUCAGCCAGGAACUCUUCGAUUCAAAGGUGUGACUAGUUUUGCUAAAGGAUUUUGGGCUGGAGUGGAGUUGGAUAAACCUGAAGGAAAUAACAGUGGAACAUAUGAUGGCAUUGUAUACUUUGUGUGCAAAGAGAAGCAUGGGAUUUUUGCUCCUCCUCAAAAAAUAUCUCACAUUUCCGAAAACUUUGAUGACUAUGUAGACAUAAUUGAAGAUGAAGACUCUUAUUCAGAUGAACAAUAUCAAUACUAUAAUCAAGAACAAAAAGAUACAGAGGGUCCCAAGCUUGACAGAGAAAAGGAUGCAAUUAAGUGUUUUUAUAAGGAAUCUCAACCUAGUAUGCAUGACACAGAAGCCUCAGUUGAUAGAAGCCUUAAAAUAGAAACAGACAAUAUACAGGACAUUUCUGGAGUACUUGAAGCCCAUAUUCACCAGCAGAAUUCAGUGGAUUCACUGAUUUCUUCAAAGGAAAACAAAGACCUUGUUUCUGGUGCCACGGAAAAGGUUUCCACUGCUGUAGAAGACGAUACUUUAGAUAAUACCUUUUCUGAAGAAUUAAGGAGGCAACAGCAGUUUACCGAAAAGGAAGAGAACCUAUAUCCCGACGUUUCAGAAAAGCUUUCUACCCCACUUCUGGACCUUUUAGCAAGAGAAAAGAACCAAUUGGAAGCCCAGCUGAGGUCAUCACCAAGUGAGGAAAAAAAGUCAAAGGAACAGUUAGAAACAGUCAGCUUACUGACAGACAGUUUACUAAAAGUCUUUGUGAAGGACACAGUCAAUCAACUACAGCAAAUCAAAAAAGCUAGGAAUGAGAAAAUCCAGCUUAGCAAUCAAGAGCUUCUUGUUGAUGAUCAAAAGAAAGUACCACCCCCAGGCCUAUCCCAGAAUCUUGAGGAGCAGUCACCAAGUGUUCCAGGUUGCUUCUUAAGGUCUGAAUUGGAAGAUGAGAAAGAAGAGAUUUCCUCACCAGAUAUGUGUCCUAGACCUGAGAGUCCAGUAUUUGGUGCCAGUGGGCAGGAAGAGCUUGCUAAGAGACUUGCUGAACUUGAGAUUAGCCGGGAGUUCCUGAGUGUGUUAGGAGAUGAUCAAGACUGGUUUGAUGAAGACUUUGGUUUGAGCUCUUCUCACAAGAUACAAAAGAAUAAGGCAGAAGAAACAAUUGUACCUCUAAUGGCAGAACCUAAGGGAGCUCCACAAAAGCCAUGUGAUACGUUAUUGGCAGUCCCACAUACUGCGGAGGAAGUAGAAAUUCUUGUACACAAUGCGGCAGAAGAACUUUGGAAUUGGAAAGAAUUAGGUCAUGAUCUUCACAGCAUCAGUAUCCCUACAAAACUGCUUGGCUGUGCCAGUAAAGGUCUAGAUAUAGAAAGCACUAGUAAAAGGGUGUACAAACAGGCGGUUUUUGAUUUAACAAAAGAGAUUUUUGAGGAAAUAUUUGCCGAGGAUCCCAACUUGAAUCAACCUGUCUGGAUGAAGCCAUGUAGAAUCAACUCUAGUUAUUUCCGACGAGUGAAAAAUCCACAUAACCUUGAUGAAAUCAAGAACUUCAUAGCAACCGAAGUACUUAAGCUGUUCAGUCUUAAAAAGGAGCCAAACCACAAAACAGAUUGGCAGAAAAUGAUGAAAUUUGGAAGAAAGAAAAGAGACCGAGUGGAUCAUAUCCUGGUACAGGAGCUCCACGAGGAGGAGGCACAGUGGGUGAACUAUGAUGAGGAUGAGUUGUGUGUGAAGAUGCAACUAGCUGAUGGGAUCUUUGAGACCUUGAUCAGAGAUACUAUUGAUGUUCUGAAUCAGAUCAGUGAAAAACAGGGGAGAAUGCUACUUGUGUGACAUCUUGCAAAUAAAUCGAACACUGAGUGCUAAUAUGAGUCCUGGGCCUUUCUGCCUCCUGAUAUACACCCCAUGUCCAUCAUAGCAAGAGUGCUUCUGGACCUUGUACCUGUUCUUAAAGACUACUGGUUUGGAGUUCAUGGGACAAUGAGGUAUAUCUGGUAUUACAGCCUUUGCCUUUAGAGACUGUCCACUGGAAUAAUUGGUUGUUUUCGGUGGGCAGGGUCUGAUGUUGACACACAAUAUAAUCCUACACCUCUUGUUAGUAUCCCUACUGGGUCUCAGAUGAGGGCUGAAAACACCAGACUUACCUCUUAGUUUAGACUAGGGUAUCACUUCCUUGAGUCUGAAGUCAAACAAGA